CCGGAAGAGCGUCUGGCGGGGGCGCGACUUCCUUAUCUGCAGCCGCAUUUUGACUCCAGACAGCUUGGACGCGGGAGCGCGCUUAGGCUGGAAGCAGCGGCGGAGACGCGCAGUGUUGUGCUGCGCAGAGCCGGAGCUUCGGCCGCAGGAUGGAGGAAGAUAUUCUGACUACCCUUAAGAUCCUAAUCAUCGGGGAGAGCGGAGUGGGCAAGUCCAGCCUUCUGCUAAGGUUUACAGAUGACACAUUUGAUCCAGAACUUGCGGCUACUAUUGGUGUUGACUUCAAGGUGAAGACGAUUUCUGUUGAUGGUAAUAAAGCAAAGCUUGCUAUAUGGGACACUGCCGGACAGGAGCGUUUCCGAACACUAACGCCGAGCUAUUACAGGGGUGCUCAAGGUGUUAUAUUGGUUUAUGAUGUCACACGCAGGGAUACAUUUGUUAAGCUGGACAACUGGUUAAAUGAGCUGGAGACAUAUUGCACAAGAAAUGACAUUGUAAAAAUGCUGGUUGGAAACAAGAUAGACAAGGAAAGCAGAGAAGUGGACAGGAAUGAAGGUCUCAGGUUUGCACGAAAACAUUCUAUGUUGUUUAUAGAGUCCAGUGCGAAGACCAGAGACGGUGUUCAGUGUGCCUUUGAGGAACUUGUUGAAAAGAUUAUACAAACUCCUGGACUAUGGGAAAGCGAGUCUCACAGCAGAGGCGUUAGGUUGUCUGAUGAAGAAGGUGGCAGAGGAGGACCUUGCAGCGGAUAUUGCUCCAUGCUAUAAAAUAGUUGUUGUACCCUCCGCCUAUUUAAUCAUAUAUAGUGAUACCAGUUUUCUGUAUAUAAAUCAUUUACAGUAAACAUAGGGACCUUUCCAGUUUGCACACAUUUGUUUGUAUCAUGAGACUUCUAUUUGUAAAACACUGUCCAACAGAUUUGCAGUCAGAAAAGUUAAGCGCAUGAAACUGACUUUUUACUGCUGGUGUGAUCAGAACUACAUUAGCAAGUGCAUUGGCUACGAUGUCAUUUGUUCAUGUACUUUAAACUCUUAUUUACAUUACAGCACUAUUCUAAACUAUGAAUGCUCAGUCCUAUUUGCCCACCCGACUUCUUUCCUUGCUUACAACUAUCCAUAUGUGUCUGUUAAAACCCUUGAGUGUUACACAAUCCCAGCGUGGCCAUUGCAGAGAAUGACCCCUGCCUUGCUCUGGAUGCUCACAACAGUAUGUUCAAGCAGAUGUCUUUUUAUCACGUUGCCAAGAAAAUGCAAUUUCCUCUGAUAGGUAAUAACCACCAGAUAUGUAUAUGUUUGUAAGUAGCUUACGACUUCCCUGACAACUCAUCAACUCUCCACACGUCUCCUGAUUGUGUGUUUAUGGUUCUUGGAGGCAUCAUACUUCAGUUUACAGCACUUGUUUCCUGUCCGAUUCCUAACUGUUAGUGGCAUUUUCAUGUUACUGUAACACCGAAUGGAAUGAUGUCUUCCCAGUGCAUGUUGUGACGGGUCAUCUGUUUUCUCUACUCCUCUUUCUGUGUGGUUUGCAAUCCAUUACAUUGAAGGUAACUCUAAAGUAUAUAGUCCUUUAUACAUAAAACUAAUUCUAAGUUUUGUUACUCUACCAUGUUGAGCAGGUGGGAAUAAUUUAAUCAAUAAUAAUUUGUAGUAUGGGUAAUGCUAAAAAUCCAGGCAUAUUGUAUAAAACCCAUCUCCUUAUUGCUGGUGAUAUUGACUCAAGAAUUCAUGGCAUUGUUGGAUUAAUUGCAUGACCCUCUUUGCCCGUCUCCCCUGCUUUUUGGUUAAAAGGACAAAUGUUCCAAACCAAAAAUUGCUUGCUUUCAUUCCCAUAAUGCACAUCACUCUGAGUAUCGGGAGUAUGUGUCUGCUGUGCAGGAUGAGAGUGGGGACAUGGACCCAUUGGGAAGUGAAAUGGGACGAGAGAGGUCAGUAGGAUUUUUUUUUUUUCUUUAUAUUGUUAUCCUGUAAUACUAAUAGUCAGUCACUCCACACAGCCUGGCCAAAAAGUUUAUUGCAGAAAAUUCCUAAUCGACCUACAAUUGCCUUCAGCCUGCUAAGAAUCUUUACGCAAAGCACGUUAUAACUUAUCUGCAGAUAUAAAUAAACCUGAUCUUACCAUUCA